AUGUGUGAUGCAAGUGACCAUGUUAUUUGGGCAGUGCUAGGCCAGAGGAAGGACAAAAUAUUUUAUUCCAUUUACUAUGCGAGUAAGACUCUUGAUGAUACGCAACUGAAUAACCCCACCACUGAAAAGGAGUUGUUCGCUGUGGUGUGGGCCUUUGAGAAAUUUCAAGCAUACUUGGCGGGAACAAAAGUCAUAGUCCAUACCGAUCAUGCAGCAAUCGGGUAUCUAUUCACAAAGAAAGAAUCUAAAGCUAGAUUGGUGCGCUGGGUCUUGUUAUUGCAGGAAUUUGAUGUGGAAAUACAAGAUCGAAAGGGCACAAAGAACCAAGUAGCUGACCAUCUAUCAAGGCUGGAAAAUCACAACCACGUGGAGGAGGGUGACCAAAUUAAAGAAGUAUUUCCUGAUGAGCAACCUUUUGCUAUCACCCAAGGCCUUCCCCUAUGGUAUGCGAACUAUGUGAAUUAUCUGGUGAACGGAGUACUUCCUUUUGAAAUUAAAUCUGAAGCUAGAAAGAGGUUUCUACAUGAUGUGAACUUCUACUAUUGGGAUGGGCCAUAUUUGUACAAGCAGUGUGCUGACCAAAUGAUUAGGAGAUGCAUACCUGAAAAGGAGGCCGAACUAGUCUUGUAUGAUUGUCAUGCAUCACCGUAUGGAGGCCAUCAUGGAGGUGAUAGAACAGCUAGAACAGGAACAAUCACAUGGAGGCAUGAGAUGCCUUUAAAUAACAUCCUGGAGGUCAAGAUUUUUGAUGUGCGGGGGAUAGAUUUUAUGGGACCAUCUCCAUUGUCCAGAGGAAACAAAUACAUUUUUGUAGCAGUUGACUACGUGUCAAAAUGGGUAGAGGCGAUCGCAUUACCAACAAAUGAUGCCAUGGUGGUAGCCGCGUUCAUGAAAAAGAAUGUAUUUUCGAGAUUCGGGACUCCACGUGCUUUGAUUAGUGAUGAAGGGACACACUUUCGCAAUCGGUUAUUGAAUAACCUUCUAGCUAAAUAUGGAGUCCGCCAUAGAGUUGCGAUGACAUAUCAUCCUCAAACUAGUGGACAAGUGGAGGUGUCUAAUAGAGAAAUAAAGCAAAUCUUAGAGAAGAUGGUGAGUGUGAAUAGAAAAGAUUGGGCUGCAAAGUUAGAUGAUGCCUUGUGA